AUGUCCUCAACUUGGAGAGAAUUCAUGUCCUGGAACAAAUACACUCAAGUCGCUUCUCGAGCACUUCGACAAGCUUUGACUGAGACUGAUCGGGUUGCUGCUGAGAAGAGGGCCGCCAUCGGAGUUCGAUACCAACUUUGGGAGAACGGACAAGGUGGUGAACAAAAAUACGUUGUCCCUCCUGCUAAAGAUGCUUCAUCCGGUACACCACCUGUAUAA